AUGACCCGGCGGUCGGCGCCCAACAUACUGGUGACCGGAACGCCGGGCGUGGGCAAGUCGACCAUCUGCGAUCUGGUAGCCAAGGCAACUGGCUUGUGUCACAUCAACGUUGGGGACAUUGUGAAAGACCAAGGUUUGCAUGACGGAUGGGAUGAUCAAUAUCAGAGCUGGAUUGUGGAUGAGGACAAGGUAUGCGACUAUCUGGAAGACAUAAUGAGUGAAGGGGCAACCAUAGUGGAAUACCAUUCCUGCGAUUUCUUCCCUGAGAGGUGGAUGGACCUUGUGGUGGUGCUGCGAACCAACAACACGACCCUCUACGAACGCUUGGAGAAAAGGGGUUACUCUGAGGCUAAGAUCCAGGAGAAUGUCACCUGCGAAAUUAUGAAUGUGGUGCUGGAUGAGGCAAUGGAGUCCUACAGGAAAGAGAUCGUCAUGGUUUUGCAGAAUGACGACGUGGAGGAGAUGGAGCGGAAUGUGGAGAGCAUCGUGCAGCGGGCGCGCCAGUAUGUGCCUUCCGCGUCGUAG